AGACUAACCAUCCACCAACCUGUUACGUAAUGAUCCCUCAUCGCCACUAUCGCCGCCUAUCACCUUCUGUUUGCUAAGUAGCUAUCUGUACGGGGAAAGUGGGUGUAAUGGGUAGAUGCGGACACUAACGUUAGCAAAAUAACGCUCCUGUCAGAACAUCACAUCCCUUAAAACCACAACCAUGUUCGGCCGGUCACGGAGCUGGGUUGGAGGACAGGGGAAAACGAAAAACAUCCAUUCCUUGGACCAUUUGAAGUAUAUGUACCAUGUCCUGACAAAAAACACCACAGUGACGGACCACAACCGAAACCUUCUUGUGGAGACCAUCCGCUCCAUCACAGAGAUCCUCAUCUGGGGGGACCAGAAUGACAGCUCGGUGUUUGACUUCUUCCUGGAGAAGAACAUGUUUGCCUUCUUCCUGAACAUCCUGCGUCAGAAGUCGGGACGCUACGUGUGCGUCCAACUCCUCCAGACCCUCAACAUACUGUUUGAGAACAUCAGCCAUGAGACUUCCCUCUAUUACCUGUUAUCUAACAACCAUGUGAACUCCAUCAUCGUCCACAAGUUUGACUUCUCAGACGAGGAGAUCAUGGCCUACUACAUCUCCUUUCUCAAGACCCUGUCACUGAAACUCAACACCCACACCGUGCACUUCUUCUACAAUGAGCACACUAAUGACUUUGCCCUGUACACCGAGGCCAUUAAGUUUUUCAACCACCCUGAAAGCAUGGUCCGCAUCGCAGUCCGGACCAUCACACUCAACGUCUAUAAAGUUUCAUUGGACAACCAGCACAUGUUGCACUACAUCAGGGAUAAGACGGCGGUGCCAUAUUUCAGUAACUUGGUCUGGUUCAUCGGCAGCCACGUCAUCGAACUGGACAAGUGUGUGCAGACGGAUGAAGAACAUCGGAACAGAGGGAAGUUGAGUGACCUGGUAGCGGAGCACCUGGACCACCUGCACUACCUGAACGAUAUCCUCAUCAUCAACUGUGAAUUCCUUAAUGAUGUGUUGACCGACCACCUCCUCAACCGCCUGUUCCUGCCCCUCUACGUCUACUCUUUGGUUAUCCCUGAAACGUCUGAAGAGCGAAAGAUCAACCCUCAGGUGUCCCUCUACCUGCUGUCUCAAGUGUUUCUGAUCAUCCACUACCACCCGAUGGUCAACGCUCUGGCCGAAGUGAUUCUCAACGGAGACCUGUCUGUCUUCACCCCUCAGACGGAUAUUCUCAGCACACACAAGAACACG